GCGCGCAGCGCAGCGGCCGCGGGGCCAGAGCCGGCGCGCGGCGGUGCAGAGCGCGCGCGUCCCGGGCCCCCGCGCCCCUGCCGCGCCGCGCCGCUCCGCGCCGCACCGCCCCAGCCAUGAAGCACAUCCCGGUGCUCGAGGACGGGCCGUGGAAGACCGUGUGCAUGAAGGAGCUGAACGGCCUCAAGAAGCUCAAGCGCAAAGGCAAGGAGCCGGCGCGGCGUGCGAACGGCUAUAAAACUUUCCGGCUGGACUUGGAAGUGCCCGAGCACCGAGCCGCCGCCGCCGCCGCCGCCGCCGCCGCCGCCGCCAACGGGCUGCGGGACGGGACCCCGCGACUGCAGCCCGGCCCGGCCCCGGUGCCAGUCCCCGCGGCGCCGGCCGUGCCUGCGGGUGGGGGCGCGGACCCAGCCGGGGAGCGCGGGGGAGCCCGGGCGCCCGAGGUGCUGGACGCGCGUAAACGCGGCUUCGCCCUGGGCGCGGUGGGGCCGGGACUCCCCACGCCGCCGCCGCCGGCGCCCCAGAGCCAGGUCCCCGGGGGUCCCGAGCCACAGCCUUUCCGGGAACCCAGCCUACGGCCCCGCAUCUUGCUGUGCGCACCGCCCGCACGCCCCGCGCAGUCCGCGCCCCUUGCGCCCCCCGAGCCCUCGGCGCGCCCCGCGCCCCCCACGCGCCCGGGGGAAAGUUCCUACUCGUCCAUUUCACACGUAAUUUACAAUAACCACCCGGAUGCCUCCGCGUCGCCUAGGAAACGGUCGGGCGAAGCCACCGCUGCCUCCUCGGAGAUCAAAGCCCUGCAGCAGACGCGGAGGCUCCUGGCGAACGCGCGGGAGCGGACGCGCGUGCACACCAUCAGCGCAGCCUUCGAGGCGCUCCGCAAGCAGGUGCCGUGUUACUCGUACGGGCAGAAGCUGUCCAAGCUGGCCAUCCUGAGGAUCGCCUGUAACUACAUCCUGUCCCUGGCGCGGCUGGCUGACCUGGACUACAGCGCCGACCACAGCAACCUCAGUUUCUCCGAGUGCGUGCAGCGCUGUACCCGCACCCUGCAGGCCGAGGGCCGUGCCAAGAAGCGCAAGGAGUGACCAGCGUGGCGUCAGACCACGGAUGCUGCUGUGGGCCUGGUGUGCGGUCCAGCCUGAGGGAAGACGACGUUGCCCAACCCAGACUCAUCGUUUCCAAGAUGCUGCUGGCCGGGCAGCCCUGGCCUGUCAGGGUCGGGAGAGGAGCAGGCUGUCUCGUGUCCCUGCUGCCCUCCCGGCCACUCCAUCGUCGCCUCUUCCACUUCGCACUUUGCCCCCUGGUGGGCAGGGGGAGAGCUUCGCCUUCCCCUGGCCUCUGCCCAUGCCCUCUCUCUGGCUGCAGAAGUUCAUUGCCAAAGAUCUGACAGAGCUCCCCCCCCCCCCCCGGAAUGUGGUGAGAAGCCCCCCAGAGAGAAGCCUCACCUCUCUGUCCCCUCCUGCCCCCUGUUCCUCGGGUCCCCAGACAAAGCUGAGUUGGUGACUCCGCCGGGAACUCAUGAUGAGAUGGACAUCUGGCCACCACUGGACGCGCUUGGCCCUCUGACCUGGAAGUCUUUCUACAUGGCCUCUGAGCUACCUGGGCACAAACUAAGCCCGGGAGGAUGGCAGCAGUGAGGCUGCGAGGCUGGAGGGAUGGUCGCUGGGUGCCUGCUCUUCUCUUCCUCCCACAGAGCUCCUCGUGGUGGCGGGGUUGGGUCAGGGGCUGACACCUGGGACCACAGUCCCAGGGUUUGGCGCAGGGCCCUUGCCAGUGAUCCGCGCUCCUGGCUGGACAGACAGGGACCUCGUGCUUGGAAGCGUGAUACGUCAAGGCUGUGCAGAGCGGAGGCGGGGACCAGGGGAGUGGGCCAGUCUGUGGGGGAGCGGGCCUGCUCCUUCCUCAUGCUCAGAGGCCAAAGCUGUUCACAUCUGUGCUCAAACAUCUGCUUCAAAUUGAAGUAAAAGCCCCAACAUGGA